UAUUAUCACCAUCAGUCCGUCUCGAAUCGGUAACGAUUUAGUACGUCACGCGUAUAACUUCACGUCGUUCUUCUCACGCCGUCGCUAGCGGCUAUGGACUAGCGGAGGAAUGGCGGAUAAUGACGAUUCGCGCGAAAAUAGAUAUCUGUGGUGAUUUGUGUCUAUCAACGCGUGUUUGUCAUAGCCUGUGACUUUCAUUGAUCUUUUUGCUUCUUCUCACUUGAAGCAAGACGAGAAAUGUUGCGCCUCGAAAAAACUGUGCGAUUGUUUGUAGAAGAGUAAGGUAAGGAAAAAAAGAUAACCGGAGCACGAGGAUAAUGCGCGAUUUCGGCAGGAUGAGAGCAUGAAAGUGUAGAAAUAAUUUGGAAGUGCUGGAUCUUGGUAUUUCGUAUGAAUCAUAUGAAUCGCAUCACACCGAUGUUGAAUGACGGAUGAACAAGGCUCGAUGUACGAAGUGUCGAGGUCGCCCGCGACACAUUGGCGAACAAACACGGAAGAUAAGUGAGUGUCACAGACGCCUCUUUCAGCUGGCUCCUCGAGAAGGCCUAAGAGGAUAUCAUCACGUCUCCCGCUGACUGUUUAUUAUUUUGCAUUUAUGAAUUUCCCUGUCCGAAACUUGUCCUAAACGCAAGAGAACAUCAAUCAUAAAACAUGACAAUGUACAACUUUAAGAUAAAAGAUAAACUUGACUAGUGUCAUCAAUGACAAUAAGUCUAUAACGGACAAUGAGUAAUAUACAUCAGAAGCUGAUAGAGUGUCAUCUAUCCGAAAUACGUGAUCAGCGGGACCUGGAAUCAAUCUCAACGAGCAGGAGUGUUGCAAAUUGUAAGAAAUGUUCAAGAAGGAUCAUGUAUAAUUUUUACAUUGGCGACAAAUUAUUGUAGACUAACGAUGGAUCUCUGAGUCCGCUGCAGUGACUCCCUGAUGCACUUCUGGCUCAACAAACCGCCGGGCAGGUUCGGCGGCCGAUAUCCUGCCACACCUAUGCCCAAAUCAUACAGCCAAUGUCGGCGCAGUGGCCAACAUAGACAAAUGGUGAGUGCUGUGCAUCAAUUCCAGGGCCUCGCGGGUAACUUCGCAGCCGGAAACGCAUCUCUAGCCGGAAACGCAUCUCUAGCCGGACCUAGUAAUGUCAAUAACUCCUGUCGAAGCUUCGCUCGUUCGACGACGUCUGCGCGAAAUCAUAACAAUGAGAGCCAUCAUCACGGUUCGUCGACGCUUGGCGCCGCCCAACUCGCUCAGCUGAACAACAUCCCCAACAAUGUCACCGACACUAGCAAUCAACUAAUUCUGUCUAAUACGACCGGCGUGAAUAGUACAGAACGAAAUAGAAGCCUAUUAACUGGAAGUGUCUUUGAAUUACGGCAGGCUGAGUUGGCCGGCUUCCGACUGCGCUGUGGCAUCUGGUCUACCUUUGCUCUAGCAACAGUCUUUGUAGCGGCUGUCAAAUUCUACUUCGGUUAUCGAGGGCCUGGUCUGGAGAUACUCGUGUUUUGUGGGCUACUGAUAUUUUUGCUGUCCGCUUGUUUAUACUCGAUCUUCUGCAAGUACAAUCAUGAAAGAAAUUGCCAUCGCAGUAAUCGGUCAGUGCAUAACGCUCGUAUACAGGAGGAUCAUAUUGUUGCCUUGGCAAACACUUCCAGCGUUGUUAAUAGAGCGACGGCAACAGUGCCGACGACGACGGUGAGACAGAACCCGCCUCCACCUUAUCACAUCGCUAUCCUAAUACCGCCGCCAUCACAGCCACCACUUGCAUUUUCGGACGAGGCGCCGCCACCCUCUUACGACAAGGUCAUGCGAUGAAAUCGCCGACGCGGCGUAAAAUCGAAUUAGGACAGCUUGUCUAAAUUCUUCCUUCGAUAUUUUUAUGUCCGCUACAUAAGGCAGCACAAAUCAAUUCUCUAGGUUUAAGCAUUGACGUCUGUGAUAAGAGCGCAAUGAUGAUGACACAUCGACUACACAUCGGGAGGUUCAAGGAAAGAAAAGAUUUUACGCGACGAUAUUUUUUAGUGGGCAUUACUGGAGAGAGUCGCGCUCCGCCAAUGAAUUUCCGUUUGGUCGGAUAAAUGUAUUCUAAUCUUUUUAUACUUUACUAUAUAAAACUGUGUGAUAUAUUUAACUUAGGUUUAGAUGCAAUGCAGCGCGUUGCUGGAUACUUGGAUCCAUUCGUUUAUUCUUCCAGUUAGGACUUUUGCGAAGAGACCGCUCAUAUUCGGACGCAGUUCUUCGAUAUGUAUAAUUCCAAGAAUUCACUCAAUUAUGUUCGAUUACUUAAUUGUCUUCAUCUUAUAGAACGAUAAACAAAGUCGAUAACUCUUGUUAUACACAUGCGCGCGCACAGAGAAGGAGGGGGGGGGGGCAUACGAAAGAAAACAAACGUGUGAAUUUGAGCCUGGAUAUCAAAUUUGUAAACGUGUGCAUGAUCACUUAAAAUAAGGUGGUAAUAGUAGCCACGUUUGGCGCACAGUUUCUGUUAUCGAAGGUGUCGCGCUCUGUCCACCAAACACGGCUCAUUACUGAAUAUCAUAUAUACAAUGUACAUGUGUGCUUCAGUAAGAUAUAAAAACGCAUACAGCGUUUUACGAUAGUUUACGAGUAAUAUGGAAAUGUUAACAAGCUACGAAUUUUCUUGCGAAAUAUAACACAAGAUUUUGUAUUUUUUUUUUCCAUGAAUGAAUGUGAGAGCAAGAGAAAGAAAGCGUGUAUGCACAAAUGUAAAUGAUUGUUUAUGUCAUAACUCUGUAUAUUUAAGAACAGUUACAUAUAUGAUACAUGAUGUGAGAUCCCGUUUGGAUGUUCUUCGUAAAGUUGCAAGUGUACUGUGAUGUACAAAACUCAUCGUCGUGUUUCUAACUGCACUUAUAAUCUCGUUUUUAUUUCGAAGAUACAAAAGCAAAACUCAAAUUCCCCUUUUCAAAAAUUUAUGAUAUAGUCAAAGAAAUCUAUCACGAAUUAUCUAGAUUUUUACAUAUUUUUGUUUCUA